UGCAAAUCCAGGAUAAUUUGCACCAAGGUUCAAGACUUUGUAAUUAGUAGUUAGUUGCUGGGGUUUGUCUACUAGCCUAGGAAGGUCUGAGAACCUUUCUGGACCUUGCGAGAACAAUUCCAGGGUUUGCUGGCUUAGGCUUAUCCAUUUUAUUGUUGUAAUUUCUUCUUGCCAUUGAGAAACGACCGAACAACGGAUGGCUUUGUUACCUAACAACAAGCAUCAGUCAAGUUCAUGGCUGCACUUUGCCUGAACAAGCAAACAACUUAAAAGAUUAACCAACUGCUGAACAUUCAAAUCAAGCGAUAAUCAUAUCACUGCUUUAGUCCCUCCGCGUACCAAUGGCUCCUGGCAUAUCGACAAGGUCUGUUUCGGAAAGAUGUUGAAGUAGGAAAAUUCACAUUACCAAGAAAACUCAUCACAACUCCUGCCUUAAACAAGUCCGAUAAGGUUUCAGGAUGCAAGAACUUACCCCGAAAAGUACUGUCAAGAGUUUUCUCUGAGGAUUAUGAAUAUGAUGCGGCAGAUAGUAUGAUUUUAGAUCCUCGAGGACCUCUUAUACAGACAUGGAACAAAAUCUUCUUUGCUGCAUGUUUGACUUCGUUAUUUAUAGACCCUUUGUUCUUUUUGUUACCUCAAGUUAAGGAGGAUAUUUGCAUUCAUGUUUCUAUCCCGCUUGAGGCUGCUUUUACAGUUAUCAGGUCAUUAGCUGAUUUAGUUUACAUCAUUCAUAUCUCCGUUCGGUUUCGCAUGGCUUACGUUGCCCCUUCAUCUCGAGUGUUUGGGAGAGGAGAGCUAGUUGUAAAUCCUUCAAAGAUUGCUUCAAGGUACCUUCACAGGGAUUUUUGGCUCGACAUUUUAGUUGCUCUACCUGUUCCCCAGUUGCUGAUCUGGGGUGUCAUCCCAAGUUUAAGUGGUCCAUCAAUGGCCCAUACAAGAACUGUUAUUCGCAUCAGUAUCAUAAUUCAGUAUCUUCUAAGGCUAUAUCUUAUCUUUCCCCUGUCAUCUCAAAUCAACAAGGCGACUGGUCUCGUCUUAGAAACAGCAUGGGCUGGAGCAGCUUAUAAUCUGGUCCUCUAUAUGUUGGCAAGCCAUGUUUUGGGAUGCUUGUGGUACCUCCUAGCAAUUGAAAGGCAGGAAGACUGUUGGAGAAAAGUUUGUGGUCUUGAGCAAGGGGAAUGCUAUUAUUCAUUUAUAGACUGCAGUCUGUUGGACGACCCUGGCAGAUCAUCUUGGUUGACAUUGAGCAAUGUCUCGAACCUAUGUGAUCCAAGUAGUGGAUUCUUCGAGUUUGGCAUUUUCAGUGAUGCAUUGUCUUUUCGAGUAACAUCCUCGAGCUUCUUCAAGAAAUUCUUCUACUGUCUUUGGUGGGCGCUGAGGAAUUUGAACUCUCUAGGACAGGGACUCUCCACAGGCCCUUAUCUUGGAGAAAUAAUAUAUGCCAUGAUAGUAGGAAUUGUUUCCUUAAUGCUUUUUGGACUGCUAAUUGGAAACAUGCAAAGAUAUCUUCAGUCCAGCAGCGCAAGACUGGAACAGUGGAGGAUUUUCAAGACUGAUACAGAGCGAUGGAUGAGACAUAGGCAGCUUCCCCAUGAAAUGAAAGAGAGAGUUCGAAGAUAUAAUCAACACAGAUGGUGUGCAACUCGAGGAGUUGAUGAAGAGGCUAUUCUGAAAAGCCUCCCCAUGGAUCUCAGACGAGUAAUCAAGCGACACCUCUGCCUUGAUCUUGUUAGAAAAGUUCAACUCUUUAAUAUGAUGGAUGAGCAGAUGCUAGAUGCUAUAUGUGAAAGGCUGAAACCAUGUCUGUAUGACCAAGGGACCUGCCUAGAUCGCGAAGGCGAUCCUGUUAAUGAGAUGCUUUUCAUUAUCAGAGGUCAUUUAGACUCUUACACCACCAAUGGUGGUCGUGCUGAUUUCUUCAAUUCAUGCCUUAUUGUGCCUGGCGAUUUUUGCGGCGAGGAACUAUUAACCUGGGCACUAGACCCUCGUUCGAGUUCAAAUGUUACUCUCCCUUCAUCCACACGCACAGCUAUUGCCAUCACCGACGUGGAAGCUUUCGCCUUAAUGGCUGAGGACUUAAAGUUUGUAGCAUCUCAAUUUCGCAGGCUGAACAGCAAACAACUCAGACACGUCUUCAGGUUUCACUCUCCACAUUGGAGAACAUGGGCUGCUUGCUUUAUACAAGCAGCUUGGUUUCGGUAUAAAAGAAGGAAGGAGGAAGAUGAGUUGCAUAGAAUCAAGAGCAAGUCUGGACUGGAGGUGGACCCAACACCUUCAUCUUUGCUUCAGGUUGCCACUAACUUCACUAUGUAUGCAUCAAAAUUAGCAGCAAGCACUAGAAGAGGUGGAUCCAAGCCAGAAGAUCCUGAUUUUACAGUUGAAAAAUAAACUUUUCAUGCUUUAACACAUGCAUGUUUUCAUAACCUUGCCUAAAAUAUAGCCUAUACUAGAUUUAUCCAACCUUAAAUCCUCCAAUAUGAGGGCUAUAGAUAUGCUUUUGAUGUAUGCAGAGAAAAUCUUUGAGCAUGCUAUAGUAAUAGAACCAUGAAUCCAUCCAUGUUAGGCUGAUCAAGUUCUGAUCUCAUUUGGGCUCAUCAGUCUUUCAUUUUCAGAAGAAAAGACCCAAAAAUUUGUUACCUUUUAAGGCUUUAGCCACAGUGGCCAAGUAAAAUUCACAUAAACUUGGUUUGGACUUACUGGUCCAGCCAACUAGACCAAAUAAAUUUGGAAAAAUAUCACAAAUACCUAUUCUUUUCUUAUUUCAUCAAAUUUACAAUAUAUAUUUUUUUAUUAUGUUAAAAUAUAAAAUAUGGUUGUUUAACUUUUUUUAUUUUAUUAUAGUUUUGUUUUUUUUUUAAUUAUUUUUGGAUAAAACAACCGAAAAAUUACAGUCGCACUAUAAUUUUGAAAAAAAAAAAAAUAGAAAAACAGUAUUUUUCAUAAAAGAAAAUUUACACAUGAUAUCUUUUGUUAAUUUUAGAAUAUGUUCAAAAAGUUUCCAAUAAAUUUCUGCCAAGCUGUCAUUGGCUAUUUAGGUUGGGUUGGGUUGGUUGCUUUAUAUCACUCCAUUCUGUUGUAAUAUUACUCUAUACUGUAUAAAAUGCAAUAUUUAAUUAAUGUUUGACCCCAAAAAGAAACAGAAGAAAAGCAAAGAUAACUUCAGGUCA